AUGGCGAAAGAGAAAUUUGAUCGGUCGAAGCCGCACGUGAACAUCGGCACGAUCGGACACAUUGAUCACGGGAAGACGACACUGACGGCGGCGAUCACGUCGGUGUUGGCGAAGAACGACAAGAAGAACGAGAUACGGAGCUUCGACUCGAUCGACAACGCGCCGGAAGAGCGCGAGCGCGGGAUCACGAUCGCGACGGCGCACGUGGAGUAUCAGACGGAGAACCGGCACUACGCGCACGUGGACUGUCCUGGCCACGCGGACUACAUCAAGAACAUGAUCACGGGCGCGGCGCAGAUGGACGGCGCGAUUCUGGUGGUUGCGGCGACGGACGGCCCGAUGCCGCAGACCCGGGAGCACAUUCUUCUGGCGCGCCAGGUUGGGGUUCCGUCGCUGGUGGUGUUUCUGAACAAGUGUGACGCGGUGGACGACCCGGAGCUGUUGGAGCUGGUCGAGCUGGAGGUUCGGGAGCUGCUGAGUUCGUAUGAGUUUCCCGGCGACGACCUGCCGGUGAUCCAGGGUUCUGCGCUGCAGGCGCUCGAGGGGGACACCGCGGCGGAGGCGUCUAUCCGGGAGCUGAUGGCGGCGGUGGACUCGUAUGUUCCGCUUCCUGAGCGGGAUGUGGACAAGCCGUUUCUGAUGCCGAUCGAGGAUGUGUUUUCGAUUUUGGGCCGCGGGACGGUGGUGACGGGCCGCGUGGAGCGCGGGAAGGUGACGGUCGGCGAGGAGAUCGAGAUAGUGGGCUUCAGCCCGACGCAGAAGAAGGUGGUGACGGGCGUUGAGAUGUUCCGGAAGCUGCUCGAUGCGGGGGAAGCGGGCGACAACAUCGGGGUGCUGCUGCGCGGCACGGAGAAGGACGACGUGGAGCGCGGGCAGGUGUUGGCGAAUCCGAAGUCGAUCACGCCGCACACGAAGUUCCGCGGCGAGUUCUACCUGCGCACGACGGACGUGACGGGGGUGGCGACGUUGCCCGACGGCGUGGAGAUGGUGAUGCCCGGCGACAACGUGGCGAUCAGCGUGGAGCUGAUAACGCCGGUGGCGCUGGAGAAGGGGCUGCGGUUCGCGAUUCGCGAAGGCGGGCGGACGGUAGGCUCGGGGACGAUCACCGAAAUCAUCGAGUAA